AUGGGUGUACAAGUUUCUAAGAUGAUGGGGAAGAUCUUCGGAACGAAGGAAAUGCGCAUCCUUAUGUUGGGUUUAGAUGCUGCUGGAAAGACGACUAUUCUUUACAAACUUAAACUCAGCAACCAGGAUGUGACUACCAUCCCCACUGUCGGAUUCAACGUCGAGAGCGUGACCUACAAGAACGUGAAGUUCAACGUAUGGGAUGUUGGUGGUCAGGACAAGAUCCGACCCCUUUGGAGACACUACUACUCUGGCACCCAAGGAUUGAUUUUCGUCGUCGAUUCCAGCGAUACGGCGCGUGUAGAGGAGGCUCGCUCGGAAUUGCACAAGAUCAUCAACGAUCGUGAAAUGAAGGAUGCUUUGCUGCUAGUGUUUGCCAAUAAGCAAGAUAUCCCAGGCCACUUGACUCCGGAAGAAAUCACCCAGCAGCUUCAAUUGACCAAGCUCAAGGAUAAGCUGUGGUACGUUGCACCCAGUGUCGCAACCGAUGGCACCGGUAUCUUUGAAGGUUUGGCCUGGCUUUCGAACAAUGUCAAGACACCGGCUCAGAAAUAA